UUCACACCAAUGUACAAUUUAGAGUUUCCUAUUAAACUAACACGCUUGUUUUUGGUACAUAGAAGGAAGUACCUGGAGAAAACCCGCACAUGGGGAGAACAAAUGCCAGACUUGCUCCAACAGAGACGCGAAUCCGAACCUCUCAUAUAAUGUAUAUAAUUACACACAAGAGCACAAAAAGGAAAAAAAAUAGGCCUGUAGUGAAGGACGGGGGUGAUAACUUUUUCAAGGAAUAUAUUAGGUAUGGGGUCUAAAGGUGAGAUUGAACGAUGUAUUUAAAUCAAAUCGAAGACAUACUUGUCAAUUUAACAAGAAAACUGCACGGCAGCGAAAAUGGCACCACUUGUCGACAAAUACUUCAGUUAUAUUAAUCACGAAAGUUAACGUAGUGUGCACAGCGUUUACGUGGUCGACAUCGGCGGAUAUAAGUAUUGAUGACGUCGAUAUUAGUCAAUUAGUUCGACGCUUCCCCUUGAUUACAUUAUAUUGAUGACUCAUACAUUAAAUGAGGCGAAGUAACGUCAUUUCAACUGAUUUAACGGACACGUAUUUGCUACAUUCGGUGACACAAUGUAAGCUUUGUUUAACAUAAUCGAUUCGAUGCGAAUGGUUUUAUUGUGAUAUUUAUACUUUUAUUGUGUGGAAACCAUACCGGAAGUUUUGCUCUCUAGUUGCGCUACUUCUUUCUUUGCACACCAUGGACGAAAUCGCAGAAGAUGAAACUACUUUUGUCGUGGAAGACGUGACCAAGCUAAUAAAAGACUCCAUAGAAACAGUCAUUGGAGGACACACAUAUCAACACAUCAGAGUGAAUCAGUGGAGCACCGGUAUCGUGGAGCAGUGCCUCAGUCAGCUCUGCAAGCUUGGAAAGCCCUUCAAAUACAUCGUCACCUGUGUCAUCAUGCAAAACAACGGGGCGGGUCUGCAGACGGCCAGCUCGUGCUUCUGGGACAACUCAACUGACGGAAGCUGUGCGGUGAAAUGGGAGAACAAGUCCAUGUGCUGCAUUGUCAGUGUUUUUGGCUUGGCUAUCUAAAAAAACAAUGUUUGGCCAUAUUGGCUAUAUUACCAUUUUUGUGUCAUGUGUAAUCAAAUAUAAUUCUAUCAGUUAAAAAAAAAGCUUAAUGUGCAGGUUUUAUCCAAUUUAUUUGAAACACACCAGGACCCACAAGCUCAUGAAACCACCCAAGGCUACACUCACACUGAAAUACCUGUACAUGUUCAAUAAAUUGACUCCUAAAAAGGAAGUUUGAGUAUGUCAAGGGAAGGCACCACGUUGAUGUGCCUUCGUAAACGUCUGACAAAACAAAGGGUGGUAAAUGUUUGGCAUGUUGGUGCAAGGAGAGGAAUAUGUUUAUAUUGAAUAGAAAGGCAAAGAUGUCUGGCCAGUGGUUUAACCAUAAUUAUGUUCAACAUGAUACUUCAGUAGUAGAUACAAAUCCUGUACAGUAUGAAAUGUUUUCUAACAAAUAAAUAAUAAAGCCUCCACAAGUGCAAUUACAAAAAAUGUGUUCACAGAAAGACACAUCCGAUUCUGCCACCACAUUGUCAUUUUUAAAAAAACAUCAAGCGCAAAUGUGGCUUAUAAAUGGAGCUUUGGCACUUGACAUGAUUUACAGUUCAGAUGUGGCCGCUGCUUUUUAAUCCCAACCAUCAAAGUGCUUUGGUCAAACUUGGCAGCAGCUUGGAAUGACCGACAGUACGGAGAUAUCAGUAGUUUAACAGAAAGGCAUAACUACAGAUUGGCUGUACAAGUACAUGAAGGGAAAAGCAAUUCCCAGGUUAAUAUUAGCAAUUUUCCCCUUCCUUUGAAGGUUUUUUGAGUGUUUCAGAGGAGAAUUGGGGCCACAGAGAGAAACAAACAGAACACUCCUGAUUUUGCAUUUUGAAGCUCUACUUAGUGCAAAAUGUAAAUUCUUCCAAUUUUUCAACUGGUCUUCAAAUCUUGAUGAGGAGUGUAUUAAAUAAAAUAAAUAAUAAUAAUGCUAAUUUUUUGAGAAUACAAUUCAUAUUCUGAAUACUACAAUUUACAAACAGCAAUAAAAUUGUAAUAUAAUAAUAAUGUGAUAUUCUGUCAAAAGUGUGAUACAUUUUGCAAGAAUAUAGCUGUAAGAUUACAAAAAAUGUUU